GCAAGGGGCCCCGUGCUCACUGCCAUGCCUGGGACCCGGUUGCUUGGGGCUCGUUCGUGCAGCAAGCACGUUAGAAGGCACGGCACGUACAGUCACGUUCCUGGGCACCGACUCUCAUCCGGUGCACGGAGCAGACCAUGCAGCCGCACUCCAGACCUGUUCUCCUUUGGGGAGGGGGACUCUCACGCGACGUGUCACAGACACAGGAAAUGUCCACGCGACGGUCGACGUGAUGUCCUCCUGACCCCCUCUAGGUAUGGCUGCAUCUUCCCGUACUGUGAAGAGGACCGGGGACCUCAAGAGCGGCAGAGACAGGCCAUCUCGUCCAUCCUGGACAUCUGGCUGGACCAGCACCCUGAGGAUUUUUUCCAGCCCCCGGAAUUUCUGUGCCUGAUGAUGCUGCUGGCCUACCUAGAGCUCAACUUUCCAGGCUCAGACCUGGAGCACCGGGCCCAGCUUCUCCUUUCAGAGCUGCAGCACCUUGAGCCCUCUCAGGCAGACACCCAGGAACCAGCUGCAGAGCAAGAGCAAGAGAUACCUGAAGAGGAAAUGCCCAGUGCCGGGCCUUCUCCAGGGCCCGAGCCGGCCCCAGGCACAGCUGUGACUCAACUGCAAGAAGCAGAACCGCUCAAGGCCCCAGAGCCACUGGUCUUUGCUGCUGGGAGGCCCACAUACCCAGGGACUCAGCCCCUGGCAUUGCUUACAGCUCCAGGCACAGAGCGACCCUCUGCCCUCUGA